CAGAGGAAAAGACUCUGCUAAGUUGUUUCUAGGACAAUGAUGACACUUCUCACAAGCGUCAUAACAACUUCCUUUGUGAUUAUCUACUGGCAAGUACGUGACACGUUAUCUUCAGUCACGGAAUGCCAAGGGGCAACCUACUCCAUUCAAAAUCGCAUCUUGGAAGGUCACGCAUUCACCACUAAGCCAUCUGCAACCAUCGAAGUUUGCGUGAUUUUAUGUAGGGAGCAUCCUGACUGCGAAAGUAUAAACUACUUUCGAAAGACAAAGACUUGUGAGUUGAAUAACAUGAGCCUGAUGUCAUCCCCAGAACACAUGGUGGCUUUUGAAUCAGCUAUGUACAUGACCAACGCUUUUCAAGUCCCGUGUUACUACGACAAUGAAUGUGAACGGCAAGAAGAGGUCUGCCUGCUUGUAGUGGGCGGGAGCAAAUGUGAAGCAUGUAUGGAGGCCCUUGGUAUGGAAGACAAAAGAAUUCCAGAUUCAGCUAUAAGUGCUUCAUCGUUUUAUAGCGAGGGUACACAUUCCAAUCUGGUUCGUCUCAACUCACCUUCUGCAUGGGUUGCAGUCAACAAUGACCCACAGCCCUGGGUUCAAGUUGACCUCGGAAAGGACGCAAUGAUCAAGAAAAUCGCUACCCAGGGGAGACGCGGUGCCCAUCAGUGGGUAAAGACUUACAUGCUUUCAUCACGUGUCAAUGGAGAGAAUGAUUGGUUGAUGUAUAAGGAAAACGAAGACGUGAAGGUAUUUCAAGGUAACAAUGAUCAGGAAACGGUGGUAUCCCAUGUGUUGCUACAGCACAUCAGGGCUCGUUUCGUCAGGUUCUGGCCCAAGACUUAUAAAUACAAAGCCAUGAGGGUAGAGCUGUACGGCUGUUUCCCUCAGUAACUUCUCCGGCUCAAAUACUGUUAGAAGGGCAAGUAACUUUCAAACGACCAGGAAAUUAAUUCAAGCAACAAGUAGUUAGAUCAGUAGUACACAAUGAAUCUGAGCAGUGAAAGCUGUGUCAAAAGACAAUACCAUAAUAAAUGCCACUGCUAUUAAAACACUUUAAAAUCUGCACAAAUGGACACCUAGUUUAUGGAAAAAUUUUGAGUUUGAUAACCGUUUAUAGAAACAUUAUUCAUGCUUUAUUGGUGGAAUUAUGCACGUGCGGAUUUUCAUGAAUAUGUUUUGAAAUAAUUAGCGGUAGUAAUACAAUAUACCCCUGUUUGAGGCAAGAAUAAAGCAUACAAGCUGAGACCACAAAUUCUUGUGUGAGGACAUGUGCAUUAUAAGUUAUCAUCAUGACACAUAGUUUGGUGAUUUUAUUUCUCGCCUUGUGCUAUUAUGACGAGUGACCUAGGUAAUCAAGAACAGCAUAUUUCUCUAAAAUGACAGUGCGUAAUUAAAACUCUGUAUAUGCAAGUGCAUGUUUCACGAUAUCUUAAAUAUAACAUCGAGAAGAAAACGUA